AUGACACUCUCUGGCCGUGUAGUCGUCGUCACCGGCGCCUCCAAGGGCAUCGGGAAAGAAAUCGCCCUGCGAGCUGCUGCCGAAGGCGCCAAUGUCGUCAUCAAUUACCUGUCGGAUAUCAAAGCUGCAAAUGCCCUGGUUAUGCAAUUAGGACACGACCGUGCUCUGGCAGUGCGGGCUGAUACUUCCAAUAUCAACGAGGUAGACAGCUUGAUCGAGGCCACUGUGUCUCGCUUCGGAAGAAUCGACAUCCUAGUUCCCAACGCGGCUUACGUUCCGGAUCGAACCCUGCAGAACGUCUCCGAAGAAGAUUUUGACCGCGCCUUCGCGGUCAACGUCAAAGGACCUUGCUUCCUAGUACAGAGAGCACUACCUCACAUGACGUCCGGUGGCACGAUUAUUUUUAUCUCCACUGACAUGACCGACGCGUCCACUGUGAUGCCCCAAUUCCUCCUCUAUGUGUCGACCAAGGCGGCAUUAAAUCAAAUGGUUAAGGUGCUUGCACGCGACCUUGCCGCUACGGGUAUCCGAGUGAAUGCGGUCUCUCCGGGUGCAACAAGCACCGAGUCAUUCCACAAGGCUAUGGAUGAGAACAAGGCCAAGAUGCUUGCAAGUCACCAUCCUUUCAACCGCAUUGGGCGCGCGGACGAGAUUGCCGCAGCUGUGAGUCUUCUGUGGAGGAAGGACAGCGGCUGGAUCACUGGCCAAGUUCUGCGAGUAAACGGGGGCAGUGUUGUCUGA